ACUAAAAAAAAUUCAUGUUCAUCCGAAUGCGUCAAUUGCAUGAUUUUGGGUGAUAAAUUGAUAAUGCAACUUCUAUUUAAACGUAUGAAAUUGGUAAAUUGAAGUUUUCAAUCAUUGUGAAACGAUAUACCAGGGCAGGAAUCAUUACUCGGGGAAGGUUGCCGAGCGUGGCGUGGGGCGAGGCGGCGGCGCUGCUACAGAUUUACAUACUACUACUUUGCUUCUGCGGAAAAUUAAUUUUCCCCAAAUUUGCAGAGAUCGUGUAAAAACUGAGCACAUAAACCUCAGAUCGGAGUAACACACAAUUCCAUGGCGGCGAUUUACAGCCUCUACAUCAUCAAUAAAUCUGGCGGUCUCAUUUUCUAUAAGGAUUAUGGAUCAGCCGGAAGAAUGGACACUAACGACAGUUUGAGGUUAGCGAGUCUCUGGCACUCGAUGCACGCCAUCUCGCAGCAGCUCUCUCCCGUUUCCGGCUGCUUUGGGAUCGAGCUUCUUCAGGCUGAUACUUUCGAUCUUCACUGUUUCCAGUCUCUUACUGGUACUAAAUUCUUUGUGGUCUGUGAGCCUGGAACUCAGCAUAUGGAGAAUCUCUUGAAACAUACAUAUGAGUUAUACACAGAUUAUGUCUUGAAGAACCCUUUCUAUGAGAUGGAGAUGCCAAUUCGAUGCGAGUUGUUUGACAUAAGUUUGGCACAGGCUGUACAGAAGGAGCGAGUCUCCUUAUUGGGGAGAUGAUCUGCAACAUCAUAACCUGCUAUCAGGCUAUCUCGUGUUCAUGCUCGUUCUAUAGUAAGCUUGUUUCGAUUAUUUUGUGGUUCUGUUUUGAAAACCAUGAUAGAAGGUAAGGUGAUUCAGUUUUAGGAAACACAGAUUUGUAUAUGCACAUGCUGCCUUGUCGAGGCUGAUUGUUUUAUAAUUCAGAUUUUUGAACUCGUGCUGAGCAUGGGAAAUGCAUAUGAUAAGUUAUGUUACUAA